CAAAACAAUCGUUUUUUUUUGUGGAUCAAAAUCUUCAUUGAAAGUGAUGAAAUUUCCAAAAAUUUUUGAAAAUUUAUUUGACAAACAAAAAUGACAAGCAAUCAAGAUUAUCAAUGUGGUGAUGUGAUCAAUGUGGAUACACCAUUCGUACAUGUUUUGAAUUUGGAUCAAAAAAAUCAAUAUUGUGAUUAUUGUUUUUCAGAAUAUUCUGAUCUAAAAAGAUGUAAUCAAUGUAAACAAAUGUUUUAUUGUGGAAAAUCAUGUCAACGAAAAGAUUGGAAACACCAUAAAUGGGAAUGUUUGGAUAUAUUUUCGAAAAAAUUUUCAAUAAUUGAAAAAAAUUUACCUAGAUUUUUAUUACGAUUAUAUUUAUGGAUUGAAAAUAAUCCUGAUUCAUUGAAUGAACGACGAAAAUUUCCUGAUAAAAAUCCAAAUUCAAAUCGUUGUUUUACCGAUCUGAUGACACAUUAUGAACAAAUUCAAAUGGAUCCAAUUCGUAUGGCUGCAUUUCGAUCAUUAUGUUCGAAAUUCGAAUCAUUAAAUUCGUUCGAAUUGGAUACGGAAAAAUUGUUCGAAUAUUUUUGCCGUAUUUGUAUCAAUGCAUUUACAAUAACAAAUUGUGAAUUUAAUGAAAUUGGAACCGGUUUAUAUUUGGCUGAAUCACAAUUAGAUCAUUCAUGUUUACCAAAUGCAUCACCUGUUUUUAAUGGUCAACGUAUUGCAAUACGUGCAAUUCGUCCGAUUAAACAAGGUGAUUUGAUUACAGUCAAUUAUGUGGAUUUAAAAUUAUCGAAAAAUAUUCGUCAAAAAAAUUUAUUGCAACAAUAUUAUUUUCAAUGUAAAUGUCAACGUUGUGAAACGAAUGAUCCAAUUGAUUGUCAAAAAUUGAAAGAAUUAAUUACCCGAAUGGAUAAAGCAAUUGACAGGAAAAAUUGGUUUAAAGCAUAUGAAAUGGGUCAAAAAACAAUGCCAAUGUUUAAACAAAUUUAUGGUGAAUGUCAUCCUGAUUUAACUGUACAAAUGAUACGAAUGUUAAAAUUAUAUUUACAAUUAAUACCGCAAAAUAAUGAUUUUGGUUUUUCGAUCAAUUUGAACGAAAUACUCAAACAAAUCAAUGAAACAAAACAGGCAAUUAAUCGAACAAAUUUUUAUGAUGAUGAAUUGUAUAGAAUAUUUGUACAGAUAAUCAAUGAUCUACAAUUACCAUUUGAUAGGAUUUUUUAA